GUCGAGGUCCGGGCGUUUGGCUGGCGCAACCACAGUGUACAGGUAAGGUACCCCAAACUCCAGCCUCGUGGAACUUUUCUGGGCCAAUUGCACCUUCCUAGUCAACGCGACCGCGACGACGACAGCUCCCCGCUGCCAGUACUCGAAGCCAUCCUCCCCUCCUCAGCAAUUCAAUUCAACCCUCAAUUGCGACUCAGAUAUCGAAACGAUCCCACCAAACGCACACGCAUUCAAAAGGCCACGAUGUCGUCCUCGGCGCCUCGCGGCGGCGAGCGCAUGAUCCAUCAGGACUUCAUUGCCAGAAUCCGAUAUUCCAACGCCCUCCCACCGCCCCCUAAUCCUCCCAAGCUCCUCGACAUCCCAAACACUGGCCUGGCUAGCGGGCAGUAUACAACGCCGGGAUUUGCAUCACGUCUGGCAAGAGAACAGCCUCUCAACAUCGAGGUCGAUGCGGAGCUCGGCAUGCCCUUGGACUUGGUAGGCAUGCCGGGUAUCUUUGACGGAGACGAGAGCUCUAUUCAAGCCUCUCCGCAUCCGCCUGCCGUUCAUCCUCACGAUAGAGCCCUCCUGAGACCACUGUCGACCCUUGGCCGAGCUAAGAGCAACGCCGACGCAUCAGUCUCCUUCCUGAGAAGAACAGAAUACAUUUCCUCCGUAGCACCCAGAAAGGCUGGCGUCGCCGCGGGAGCAUUCAUCAACCCCAAGAUCAAGCGCGCAGAGAAGCGUCGCUCCCCCGAGCCGGACAAAGACUCACCGGCCGCCAUCAGACGCAAGAUCGAAAAGAGCUUCGAGAGCGCCGAGCGCUUCCUCAGCAACCCGACCCGCCAUCGCCACCCGAGCAAACCAAACGUCCAUCUCACGCAGUCUCUGCCGCUGCUGCCCGACCACGACGCCUUCCCCGACUCGGGCGCCUACGUCACCGUCAAGCUCCUCACGAACCCCGUGGCCAGCGCCAACAAGUAUGACAGCCGCCUGCUCAGCGGUCUGCUCCGCCCGCUGGACAGGAGCCCCGAGGAGAACGAGGCCUUCCAGGCCGCCGUUGAGGCCCACGAGCGCGAUCCUGCACGCAACCCCAAGCCCGCCAACCUGAUGGACUACAGCUUCUUCCUCCCCAAGACCAAGACGACGGGCGACAACUUCCGGGCUAAGUUCGAUCCAGAGAACCCCGACCGCGACGACGAAUCGCUUUACACGUACCAGAGCGGCUCCAACCCGUGCUUCCAGUUCUCGCGCCUGCGUGCGUAUGAGACGACAAAAGAGAUUGAGCUGGACCACAACACAAAGUACAGCGAAGAGGUCAUUCUCGCCUUCAACGACGAGCCCUCUGCGGGCGGCAGGCCCAAGGCGGCGUACUAUUAUCCGGUCAUCCAACGCACGACCAUCCGUCCUCAGCGCGCCAAGAAUAUCGCUCGUACCCUUAGUCAGGUGGACGACGAGACGCAGGUUGUCAACGAGGUGGAGAUCUCCAUUACCGAUCCCAAGGGGGCCCCGGCCGAGAACAUGAAGCGGUACAAGGAGAAGCCCAUUGGCUAUGUCGAAGAGGCCGAGCCGGUUGAAGAGACUUCUCGUGCGCCUGGCACUCCCUCGGACCGGGACGCUGACGGCGAUGCCGAUGGCGAUGAGGAAGAUGAGGAUUGA